GGUAAAGCAGAAGUACAGGCAGAAGGGAGCCGGAGAGGCCGAGCUGUGCCACAAGGAAAGACAGGGAGAGGGGCGAGACCCACAACACGGGGAUCCCACUUCCCACUCCCACCACGCCAUGUCCCUGGUGGAGACGAUCCGGCUGUGGCAAGAAGGGGUGUGUGCGGCGGACAGGAAGGAGUGGAGUGCUGCCCUGGAUGCCUUCAUGGCCGUCCAGAACCCCCCUGCCAAAAUCUGCUUUAACAUCGGCUGCAUCCAGCUUGUCCUGGGAAAGCUGGCGGAGGCGGAGGAGGUGUUCACCCGGAGCAUCAGCUGUGACAAGCACCUGGCAGUGGCUUAUUUCCAGCGGGGGACUGUGUUUUACCAGAAGCAAAACCACGGAAAGGCCAUUGAGGAUUUCAAAGAGGCGCUGGCCCAGCUGCGAGGCAACCAACUCAUUGACUACAAGAUCCUGGGGCUGCGCUACCGGCUCUUUGCCUGCGAGCAGAUUCUCUGCAACAUCGCACUGGUGCAUGCCACAAUGGAGAACUGGGAGAAGGCUGAGGAGCACCUGACCCUGGCCAUAAGCAUGAAGAGCGAACCCCAGCACAACAAGAUAGACAGGGCAAUGGAAGCCGUCCUGAAGCAGAAGCUGUAUGAGCUGGUGGCUAUUCCUGCAGGGAAGCUGUUCAGGCCAAAUGAGAAGCAAGUGGCUCAGUUAGAGAAGAAAGACUACCUGGGAAAGGCAAUGGUGGUGGCAUCUGUAGUGGACAAGGAUGAUUUUUCAGGAUUUGCUCCUCUACAGCCACAGACCUCUGGUCCUCCACUCAGGCCCAAGACCCCAGAAAUCCUCAGGGCCCUCAGAGGGCAGCCACACCGUGUCAUGUACGAGUUCAUUCCUGAGACCGCUGAGGAACUGCAGGUCCUGCCAGGAAACAUUGUCUUUGUCCUGAAGAAAGAGAAGGACAAUUGGGCUACAGUGAUGUUCAAUGGAAAGAAAGGGAUUGUCCCCUGCAACUUCCUCGAGCCCGUGGAGCUCCAGAAUAAGCUGCAUAUCCAGGAAGAAACCCCUGUGGAAGCUGAAAUCUCUGAGUCACCCACUUCCACUGUGCCGGAGAAGCCACGACGGCUGGCGCCAGACUAUGUUCCUGCAACUGUGGCGCAGCUAAAAGACACAGCAAAGGCGGCUGAACCAACUGUCUCUAGCCCCCAUGUCCUCAAGGUGCAUUACAAAUUCACAGUUGCCCUGAGAGUCGAUCGAGUCCUCUCCUACAGGGAGCUCCUGGAGCUGGUUUGCAAGAAGCUGGACCUGCAGCCUGAGCACAUGGAGCUGAGGUACAAGCCUGUGGAGGGCCAGGAGCUGGUGACUCUGAGUGUAGAGAAUGUGAAGGCAGCCUGGAACCAGAGCAAGGACAACUGCCUGACAGUCUGGUGCAAUAGCACAGAGGGAGAGGGGUUUGUACCAGACAGCAAACCAGAGGAGUCACCGCAGGAGGCAACAUCGGGAGAGACAGGAACAACCCAUGUUGUAGCUCAGUACAGUUAUGAAGCCACCCAACCUGAAGACCUGGAAUUUCAGGCAGGAGACACAAUCCUUCUUUUAUCCAAAGUAAAUGAAGACUGGUUUGAAGGCAAAUGCAAGGGGAGAACUGGCAUCUUCCCAUCUGCAUUUGUUCAACAGCUCAACACUGGACACCCAGAGAAGUGAUUUCAGAAGAGCUUGAAGUUGUGAAAAGAAACUAUGAAUUCAACUGUUGCCAUUAUGUAGUCUGCAUAUUAAACCCUGCAUCUGAAAAUGGACUUCAAAUGUUAUUGCUACUUGUAUUAAAAGCUUUAUUUUUUCUCUUA